UUUUGCGUGUUGGGGGGAUGGGGCCGAGCCGAGGAUGAGAGACUUCAAAUAUUUACCACUUGGCUAACUAAAUAUCUGUUUUUAGAACCGAGUUUCCUUCCUUGCACUUGGACAUAUAAAUACACUUCGACUACGGAUGAGUUUUGGUGGAAUUCUGCGAAAAACUAAGUGGAGUGUUUGUGCGUCCACGACACACGCUUAAAAAAAGUCGACAAAAUGUAUUCCUCUGCUGGAGCUGCUGAGAUGCUUGAGGGACCUCGUUCUACUGGGUCAGUAAGCUCUGAUCCCCCAUCUUCCCCAGUGCCAGAAUAUGUGUUCAAGCCACCAUCACGGCCAGACUUUGGCACCAUGGGCAGGACAAUCAAGCUCCAGGCUAACUUUUUUGAGAUGGAAAUCCCCAAAUUGGAGGUCUAUCAUUAUGACAUUGACAUCAAGCCUGAAAAAUGCCCCCGGAGGGUCAAUCGGGAAAUUGUGGAGCACAUGGUCCAGCACUUUAAAACACAGAUCUUUGGUGAUCGAAAGCCGGUGUAUGAUGGAAGGAAGAACCUUUACACUGCCAUGCCCUUGCCAAUAGGCAGAGACAAAGUGGAGCUUGAGGUAACUAUUCCUGGUGAAGGGAAAGACCGCAGCUUCAAAGUAGCCAUCAAGUGGGUGUCCUGCGUUAGCCUGCAAGCUCUGCAUGAGGCACUGUCAGGACGGCUACCCAGCGUCCCUUUUGAGACUAUUCAAGCCUUGGAUGUGGUCAUGAGACAUUUGCCUUCUAUGAGGUAUACCCCAGUGGGACGCUCUUUCUUCACUCCUUCAGAGGGAUGCUCAAACCCUCUUGGUGGAGGGAGAGAGGUGUGGUUUGGUUUCCACCAGUCUGUCAGGCCGUCCCUUUGGAAAAUGAUGCUCAACAUCGAUGUUUCGGCCACUGCGUUCUACAAAGCCCAACCUGUAAUUGAGUUUAUGUGCGAGGUCUUGGAUUUUAAAAGCAUAGAAGAACAGCAGAAACCCUUGACAGACUCUCAACGAGUGAAAUUUACAAAAGAAAUCAAAGGCCUGAAGGUUGAGAUUACUCACUGUGGGCAGAUGAAGAGGAAGUACAGAGUGUGCAACGUGACAAGAAGACCAGCCAGCCACCAAACGUUCCCUCUGCAACAGGAGAAUGGCCAAACUAUAGAGUGCACAGUAGCUCAGUACUUCAAAGACAAGUACAAGCUCAUCCUGCGAUACCCCCACCUGCCAUGUUUACAGGUGGGGCAGGAGCAGAAACACACCUACCUGCCUCUAGAGGUGUGUAACAUAGUGGCAGGACAGCGCUGCAUCAAAAAGCUGACAGACAAUCAGACCUCCACUAUGAUCCGUGCCACAGCCAGAUCGGCACCAGAUCGUCAGGAUGAGAUUAGUAAACUGAUGAGGAGUGCCAACUUCAACGCUGACCCUUACGUUCGUGAGUUCGGAGUGAUGGUUCGGGAUGAGAUGACGGAAGUGAAUGGCCGUGUCCUACAAGCUCCUUCCAUACUGUAUGGAGGCAGGAACAAAGCAAUAGCCACACCAAUCCAGGGAGUGUGGGACAUGAGGAACAAGCAGUUCCACACUGGUAUUGAGAUCAAAGUGUGGGCCAUUGCCUGCUUUGCGCCACAGAGACAGUGCACCGAACUCCUACUUAAAGCUUUCACAGAUCAGCUGAGGAAGAUCUCUCGAGAUGCAGGAAUGCCUAUCCAAGGUCAACCUUGCUUUUGUAAAUAUGCCCAGGGAGCUGACAGCGUCGAGCCCAUGUUCAGGCACCUCAAAUACACCUACCAGGGCCUCCAACUGGUGGUAGUGAUCCUACCAGGGAAGACACCCGUUUAUGCUGAGGUGAAACGUGUUGGGGACACGGUUCUUGGCAUGGCCACACAGUGCGUGCAAGUGAAGAACGUUCAAAAGACGACGCCUCAAACUCUUUCCAACCUGUGUUUGAAGAUUAAUGUCAAGCUGGGCGGUGUUAACAACAUCCUCCUCCCACAGGGCAGGCCGGUGGUGUUUCAGCAGCCAGUGAUCUUCCUUGGUGCAGAUGUGACACAUCCACCUGCAGGAGAUGGAAAAAAGCCCUCUAUCGCUGCAGUGGUUGGUAGCAUGGAUGCCCAUCCCAGCCGGUACUGUGCGACAGUACGGGUGCAGCAGCACCGCCAGGAAAUCAUUCAGGACCUGGCUACCAUGGUGAGGGAGCUGCUGAUCCAGUUCUACAAGUCCACCCGCUUCAAGCCCACCAGAAUCAUCUACUAUCGGGAUGGCAUCUCUGAGGGCCAGUUCAACCAGGUUCUUCAGCAUGAGCUGCUGGCAAUCCGGGAGGCCUGCAUCAAACUAGAGAAGGACUACCAGCCUGGUAUUACCUUUGUGGUUGUUCAGAAGAGACACCACACGAGACUGUUCUGUAUGGACAGAAAUGAGAGGGUUGGGAAGAGCGGCAACAUUCCGGCAGGCACCACAGUGGACACCAAAAUAACUCACCCAUCAGAGUUUGACUUCUACCUUUGCAGUCAUGCUGGCAUUCAGGGAACCAGCAGGCCGUCUCACUAUCACGUGCUCUGGGACGACAACCACUUCUCAUCAGAUGAACUGCAGGUCCUUACCUACCAGCUUUGUCACACUUAUGUGCGCUGCACCCGGUCAGUGUCCAUCCCAGCACCAGCUUACUAUGCCCAUUUGGUGGCUUUCCGGGCUCGCUAUCACUUGGUGGACAAAGAGCAUGACAGUGCCGAGGGCAGUCACACAUCAGGUCAAAGCAAUGGGCGUGACCACCAGGCCUUGGCCAAAGCUGUUCAGGUCCACCAGGACACCUUGCGCACCAUGUACUUUGCCUGAGAGCACCCAACUCCCAGGUUGGCGUGGGUGAGACAUCACUGAUGGAACGCACUACCCUCCGCUGUCUCACUGUCAGCUGUAGAUAACAUUACAGUGGUUUCACAUUGUGAUCUCCCUACCAGACAAACAUGUCAGUAACCCAAAUGUCUACAAUUGUACUUAAACCCACCAAAACCAUUCCAGCAAUUAGACUGUAACAUGCAAAAGAGUCAUUCUUUCUUGAGGAUUGAGCUGGAAGAGGCUUUAUUUACAUGUCGUGCAUUAGUUGUAUUUGUACUUGUUAUCUGUUUAAAAAAAGGGUGAAAAUUAUGAAAAGACAAGGCAGAGUUUGUAUGUUAAUAGAAGAAUUUUCUUUCUUUCUUUUUUUUUUUUACUAGCAGGCGAAAACAGUAUACAGUGGGGUGGUUUCACAUUUCGAAGAAGCCAGUCGCCCUCCUUCUCCUUUUGUUUUGUUAUUAGGCUCUUGGUGCUUGAAGGGAGAAGGCAAAAAUCAAAAGAUGUGGGGGUCCAUUAACUGUUAUAUGCCUAAUGAUUUAGUCCUCCCCACAGACAUUAUUUAUCAGCCUAUCAAAGCAAAGUGCACUGACCAGGAUGAGCGCUUCAAUCAGGACAAAAGUACUUAUAUAUAUAUAUAUAUAUAUAUUGAGGGUUGUUUGUGUUCGUUUUCCCCCACAUAGGGCACUAUGUGAUGAAAAGUGCCAUUUAAGAGUAUCUUCUUUCUUUUUUCUUUUUUUUUUGCCACUUCUAUGUAAAACAAUGAAUUUUUCUUCCAGUAUUUGUCCUCUUGACACUGAUGAUCUUAUUAUGCCAACUCUGUUGACAGUUAAUGAUCUUGACAUCAGAUUUGUUUAACCCCUGAAUCUACACUUUUUAAUUUAUUUUUUUUUAAUGAAGCUCUUUUUGUAUUUAGAAAUUUGGGGGGGGGGACAAACAUUUUUUUUUUCCUCCUUUGCCCCACUGUUAAGUCUGAACUGACAAACCAGUGACCUGAGAUGUAAUAUAUUGGGACUGGUUCCCAGUAAGGACACAUUUCUAAUGUAUUCUGAGCCAUGUUGACAAAAGACACUUGAUUAGGAAGUCACCAUAGUGGGGAACAUGUUAAAAUCUGUGUGAUUCCCAUCUGUUCUUACAGACUUUUUAAAAUUUGAAUAACUUCUCCAAUGGAUAUGCAUGUAGCUGGCUCAUGUUUUAGACAUUUUAGGCAUUUGUGAUGAUUGUUUAUUUCUCCCUUUAUACACAUCAACCCUACUUCUAUUUUUUUAAUGUAUAUAACACAGGAUCGUGUAUUCUGCUGUGUCAUUUGUGUGGCUUGUCGGUAACCAGGCAUUCGGUACAGUGGAGUCAAAGCUGCAACAUUUUAGAGUUUAACUGAUUGAAAUUCCUUAAAACUUCUUUAACGUAGUGUUUGCUCCAAGAACUAGGGGCUGUCAUCGCACAAAAGCUUGGGUUUUAUGCAAAUGACUUUUUUGUGAGUCUUUAUACUAUUUAGUAAUGUUGGUAAUAAGGUAUAUUUUGAAUAAGCCUUCAGUGGAAGCUGCUGAAAGAUUAUAGUUUUUUUUUUUCUUUUUUAAAAAACUGGCCCACGUGUUAAAAAAAUUGUCUAAAUUAAUAUUGUCUUUGUAUGCAGAUAAAUGCAAAUAUAUGGCCUUUUAAGACUGUCAUGUCUUACUAAUAACAUUAUUAUAUAAUAAUAUCCCACCUAAGUUUUACUAAUGCUAUAAGCAGGUGAAUGUUGACAUAGUCUUGAGUGGAGGCGAGUAGUUUAUCUUUUCUAACUAUGCAUCAUUUUUAACCAAGAGAUUUAGCAGUGGGUAUCUCACAUGAAUUGGAGUCAUUUCUAGAGGUAGAUAAUCAGGGCUUUUUAUGUUGUUUUUAGCAUAUUGCAUUUAGUAGCGUUUCUUAGUGCUUAUCAACGUCUUCAUACCUUUCUAAUAGGAUGAAGUAUUUAUGUGGUCAUUUGUAACAUUGUAGAUUUUAUAGCCUAUAAAUUGGGUGGAUCCUUUGUAACACACAGUCUUUCCUAGCCAAACAAGAUUAUGAACUUUUACAUGAUGAAUAUUAAAAAAAGAAAUAUAUAUAUAUAUAUAUAUAUAUAUAUAUAUAUAUAU